AUGGAUCCUGUCACAUCGUUGAAAAUCAUAGUCUUUCCAAGCCUUGAAGACAAGAUAUUUGCUUCGGACCGGAAAGGUUUCUACCCAACUUCAUCGAGCGCGUUCAAUACAAAGGGUACGCUUGCCAACAGACAAAUACAAAACGGUGACCGAAUAGACUUAAGGAAACUAGCGGCUGAACGCAAGAUUUCGGGAAAUAAAAGACAGUUUAGCUGCCCUAGUAUCAUCGAUUUUAACACCUUAAAAUCAUACCAAGAAAUUCGUCCCAUGCACAAGCCAAAAAGGAUUUUCAAUGGUUUCUUCCCUUCGAGAGUUAGAUCCACGAUCUCUGUGGGAUUACAGGGUGCUUACAGAGAUGGUCAGGUAAGUCAGUCGCUUAAAUCACUAUCUGUAGAUAGACUAUUACAUUGCCAUUUGUAUCAAUUCUAGAGUUACAUACUCCAAAUGCCCCGUUUCCUACAUAAAUUCGUUUUCCCUGACUCGAAAAAACAAAACUUAAUGGCAAGAAACCGGAUUUCUGCAUGAGAAAUUUUUCUUUCGGCUUUCCUGUUUUUUUUUUUUUCGAAAUCGACGGAGGCUUUUUUUUAGUUCGGUCUCUAAGUAGUCCAACUUUCCAGGGGCUGCUUUAAGCUGUAGGUUUUGUAGUUUAUAUUGAUAUAUUGUUAUCGUAACGAGGUGGUUUAAAAGGAAGCCGGUUAGCAUGUCGUUAAAGACUUCAAAGGUUGAUGUUACGAUGUGCGUUUCUUUCCGGCUAUCCCUAAACCAACUCAGUUUUUUGGAAAAUGAAAAAAGUCAUGAGAAAAAAACAACAAAACACAACACAGAACAAAAGUGUUUUCCCUUAUGUACUAAGCUAAGAGCACUACAUCCCUUCUAUGAAAACAACGUCUUUUUUUGCGUUUCAUUAUCACCAAUUAGUAAACGUUUGUUGAAUUUUAUUUGUUAACACGAUUACCCGUUGAAAACGAGUGAACAACACAUUAUGUCGUCUUUUCUUUAAACAUUAGUUCUUAAACAUAUUUACAGCUAGGAAUAACCUUGCUGAAUUGCAUGAUUCCUGGUCUUAGCUUUGAAAUUCAUUUUUGCCUGACCCAACGGGUGAAUGAUUUUGGACGUAAAGGAUGGGAAACAUGUAACCAUGUAAACCGCGCGUGGGACCCUCACAAGGCGCUAAAAUCUAGUACACACUUACAGCACUUACAUCACUCGGUACAACACUCGGUACAUCCACUUGUUUUUCUGUCUUUAAGUUAAAGCGAUGUUUUAUCACUUUUCAGGAACUUACUCUCGAAGAACUCGUUCCAAAUCCAAACACACCACCAUACCACGAUGGAGCAGUGCUUUCUCGGAAUGCAACUUCAAGAAACAGCAGCUUACGAUCAGAGCCCAUCACUUUUCCGAACGAAUCCGAGUCCCGUCUGAAAACAAAACAAGACUCGAGGAGGGUAGUGUACUCACUCAGAAAUGGCUCCCCAUCCCCCUGGGUGGACAGAUACAAACUGAAGCAGAAAUCAAUUUCCGCGUUAACUUAUGUGGAACUCAAAAACAAGACCUCCCCUGCUGAGGAACCGCCUGUUCGGGGAUUUUCCAGAUAG